GUCGCCGAUCGACUCCUCUCGGCAGUCAACCUGGACGCCAUCGACGAUGUCCUCUUCACCGUCACUGCCGGACUGUCCAGUCUCCGCAGGCGACGUGCUCCCUCGGCCGACGGAGACACCCACACGGCCGCACCCAAUGAAGCCGGUGGUUUCGGCGCCUUCAUUGUCCAGUACCUCUUCGCGCUCGUCUGCCUUUUGCGUGACGCCACCACAACCACCUUCUCCUCUACCACCACCCCUUCCACCGCCGCCUCCUUCACCACCUCUACCGCCUUCUCCGCCACCUCCACCACCACCAUCUCCCCCUCUACCACCACCUCCCCUAUAUCGAAAGUGCGGAAGAACAAUCCUCUUUGAGAGCCUCUAGUCGAACGAAUACUUGUGAAUGCGGUGCGUGACACCACCACCACCACCGCCGCCUUCUCUACCACCAACUCUUCCAUCGCCCCCUCCUCACCACCUUUACCGCCUUCUCCGCCACCUCCUCCUCCUCCUCCACCACCACCAUUCCCUCCACCAUCACCUCCCUUAUAUCGAAAGUGCGGAAGAACAAUCUUCUUUAUUCUUGAUGCUGGAUUACACGGUGGUGUGCAUUUCUUGUUGGUUUUCAUUCCCCUCGCAGCCGCACACUGCCUCCUGCUCUUGGCCCAGGUAACCACCCUGAAUGUCGCCUUCAACUCGCAGAAUCGAUCGCUCCUCACCGUCAUCAUCUCAAACAACUUUGUAGAAUUGAAGGGCAACGUCUUCAGGAAGAUGGGCAAGUCGAAUUUGUUCCAAAUAGCCUGCGCUGACGUGCGCGAACGCUUCCACUACACAGUCUGGCUCUUCAUCAUCGUCUGCCGCAACAUGUCCGCCAGCGGCUGGCAGUACGAGGACUUCCUUGCCCUCCUCCCGGACAUCCUGCUCAUCUUUCUGGCCGAGGUAGCAGUGGAUUGGAUAAAACACGCCUUCAUCUCCAAGUUCAACGUUAUUGCCUCCGAUGUUUACGAGGAGUACACAGUGAGCAUCGCGUAUGACCUUCUUUUGUGUCACCAGGGCAAGAACACCUCUGAUUACUUUGAGCUGCUCGCCCGACGCAUGGGUCUCACGCCGAUCUCACUAAGCUGUCUCAUCAACGUCAUGAUCAUCCAGACCGUCAAGUCGUCGUGGAUCUACGUCUUCUUGCUCCUCGCUCUCCCUCUGCUGUUCGCAUUCAAGGUGUUGGCUCACAUUGUAUUGUUAAAUCGAGCCUACACCCACGUGCAGGCCUACACCCAGAUGAUGACGGCGAAGCUUGCCAAAGAGACCGCGUCCACGACGGCCACUGCUCAAUUCAGCAACAAGACGUCCAACUUCCCGAGCGGCAAAGGCCCUGCCGAGGAUGACGCACCGAAGCGCAAGACCAGCAUGUUCUACCCUCCCUACACUGGCUACGAUCAGCCCACACGUGACGACUACCAACUGGCCAUGCCUCAGCUGCCCUAUCGACGAACGCACAGCGACUCCACUUGCAUCUCGAUGCCCCACGCUGUGAAGGAGGGCACUCCGAGGCUGCCGCAAUCCUACGACCCUGGUGACACCGCGGAGUCGAUCGAUGAGUUUAGCUCGCUGAACAGUUUCCCUACCAACUCGGCCGAGACUCCAAUCCACCAGCGGCCUCCGCCGCCGCCGCCACCACAGAAGGGCAUCUUGAAGGUGGUUGGAUGGCCGGUGGAGGAGGCCGAGGUCGGAGAGGAGACGGACUCGCGAUUCAGGCAGUUCCUGCUUGAUGCUGAUGAUAUGCAGAUUUGUCGCAGGCGGAAUAUCGGUAUGCCCUUGCUCACAUUGUGUGCUUGCCUUCUCUCUUUGGUAUUUACCUGCCUGAAGCUGUUCCCUACCAUUUUAGUGAUACCGUCUUUACCAUCGUCACCAACCGAAACGGCUGUGAUUGAAACUCGUAACCAGGAUAGAUCGUCACCAACACCCCCAGCCACUGCAUCAACUUUCUUUAAGUCGCAACCUAGCAACCCUCUAUUCUAUGCGCUGACUCUGCACCCCGUGCCGCUGACAUCUUCACGAAAGUCCUCACCUAAGCGACAUCUAGCCACCCAGCGCCGCCGAUGUUUCAGUCUAGACGAUUUGAUGUCGGUUUCUCCGCACCAGGAACGCAUUCAGCAUCCGGCGGCUCCUGACAGUAGCUCAACGAAUGUGGUUGGAAACGGUCGCAACCCUGCGCCGUUUAAGCGCUGUCGCCUGCACACAGAGACCGAGAUUUCAAGCUCCAUUAUACUGGAGCAGCUCAACUCCGUGCUGAACGAUGAGACGGCUCACCUGGAAGAUGCUGUAGAUGUUGACCUUUUGUCUAACGACGAAAUCUCGGCACUGGAGUCCGAAGGUGUGGAGGAAUUGGGCGCUGGAGACGGCGGACACGAUAAGGUGUGGAACGCCACUUCAUCCUCCAACACGUGUGGAGCGGUUGCUUCUGCAGACACGUCUAUUAUCGACCAGGUCAAACAGCCGCUCUCUAACGUCGAUCGAUACUCUAUGCUGGGUGGACAGAUUAGUUAA